CAGGGCGGUACGGCUGUCUACGUCAUGCGUUAGCGGCUUGGGUGACGUAGUUGCCCCUGGUAACCUGGAGAGUCGCGGAGAGGAUGGGUCUGCUGUCUAUCUUGCGUAAAUUGAAAAGUGCUCCAGACCAGGAGGUACGGAUUCUGCUCCUGGGUCUCGAUAAUGCAGGAAAGACGACGUUACUAAAGCAGUUGGCGUCGGAGGAUAUAAGUCACAUCACUCCAACACAGGGAUUUAAUAUUAAAAGUGUACAAUCUCAGGGGUUUAAACUCAAUGUAUGGGACAUUGGCGGACAAAGGAAAAUCAGGCCGUACUGGAGGAAUUAUUUUGAGAAUACAGACGUUCUUAUUUAUGUAAUUGACAGCGCAGACCGAAAACGUUUUGAAGAAACUGGCCAGGAACUGGCUGAACUCUUAGAUGAGGAGAAGCUUAGUGGUGUCCCUGUGCUGAUCUUUGCUAACAAACAGGAUUUACUGACAGCUGCACCUGCCUCAGAAAUUGCUGAGGGUCUAAACCUGCACACAAUCCGGGACAGAGUCUGGCAGAUUCAGUCGUGUUCAGCACUCACAGGAGAAGGAGUACAAGACGGCAUGAACUGGGUCUGCAAAAAUGUCAAUGCAAAGAAGAAAUAACGAACUGAGAAGAGCCAUGGCAACACACAAGACUGCUUUACCGCCGACAUUUUCACGUGCAGAGCACUCUGAGGUCACAGCAAACGCCUCCCUUUCUAUCGGACACAACACAAACGCUCUCUGUUGGCCUACAGUAGCUCAUCUGAAACAAAGCAUGUCUAAACUGUUUUUUAGCCUACUCACCAUGUAUUUACUAUUCAACAAAGUAGUGUUGUAUAUUAGACUCCUGUGUAACCGAAGAUCUACUGUAGGUACAGAAAAGGUUACUUGUUGAAUGCCUUUUGUAUAUUUCUUGGCAUCCGUGAGUUAUGUAGGAAUACUGUUCAAUAGAAGCUGCUCUGUAUUAAUGCCCAGGUGACCUCUAUUCACUGUACAAGCACCGCAGGUGUGGAAGGACUGGAGGGAAAUGGCAUUGCCGGCUAUGUGUGUGUAAAUCUACCGCAGAUUCUAUAGAAAUAAUAUUUAUAAGGGACCAACACAUUUCAGCUACCCUCUCUGACCGAAGGUUUAAUGUUCACAGGGGUGUCCAUUUACACUAAAUCGUCUUCUAUAAAGGCCCAGUAGCAACUGGAUGCCAACAGUCAUUUUUUUCUAGUACUGCUAUGAGAUUAAGGGAACCAAUUGGCUGCUGCGAAUAACAGCAUUCAUUUGUCCAGUCUUCGUAAACUAUGUUUUUCCUGUAGGCUUAUCUUGCAGCGCUUGGGGGCCAUUUAUAAAGCUGGUACAUUCUGAGCUGUGCAAAA